CACAAUUUUGUUUGAUUAUUAGUUUAAUUAUACUUAGGCUUCUACAUAAUUUUAGUUUAGAAAAGCUCAAAAAUUGUAAUGACAAUUGGACGCGGAUCAUUACAAACUCCCCGAAUUUUUCUUCUAACCUCAAAAAUCAAAAGUAGGUAAUUCUGAUCCAAAUAAGAAAACUAUGUUGUUAUUAAAAGAAUUAUGGACAAUUCAGUGAUAUUUACUGUAAUAUAACUAAUUUGAGAUAUGGAGGGAGACCACGAUAAGACUUCCUUCUGGAAGAAAAACAUUAAAAACGUUCCUGGAAGACCAAGCCCAAAAAGGGACCCAAAAACAAAUAGUCGAAGUAAACCUCAAGGAUCCACUUCGUUUCAAGACUUUCAAGCCUCAGUAAGUGAUGCAUGGGCCAUGGACGAUGACGAAUUCUGUUCAGGUUUGAAGAAUACAAAAAUAUCAAAGAAAGUAUCUGAAUCCGCCGCUUUAAACGUGUUAAAUACUCAUAGAAUUACAUCAGAAACUAGAAGAUCAUCAAAUGAAAAUUUAAGUGAUACUCAAAUAAUUCAUGAUGCUGAAGUAGUGAGAAUAAGCAGGAUUCCUGGCAGACCCUUACAAUUACAUUGCUCUAAUCCUCCUCAAGAAGAAGAUAAUGAAUUAAAAUUGGAAAGAUUUGAAAAUUUAUUAGCUAAUUCUCCUUCACUGCCAGAGUUAUGUAAAUUAAGCUGGUCUGGAGUUCCAGUAAAAGUAAGAGGAAUAACAUGGAGACUAUUGUCUGGAUACUUACCUAUUAAUUUAGAGAGACGCAAUGAGGUCCUUGAGAGAAAGAGGCAGGACUACUGGAUUUUAGUUGAAAAGUAUUAUUACACUGAACAUGAUGAGGUCAACCGUGAUAUUCAGCAUCAAAUUAACAUUGAUGUUCCUAGAAUGAAUCCAACAAUUGCCUUAUUUCAACAAAAAACUGUGCAGAUCAUGUUUGAAAGAAUUCUUUUUAUUUGGUCUAUUAGACAUCCUGCCUCAGGCUAUGUACAGGGAAUAAAUGAUUUAGUCACGCCUUUUUUCGUUGUAUUUCUGCAAGAGUUUAUUCCUGAUAACAAACCCUUUGAAACUUAUAAUGUAGAUACUUUGGAUGAGGACCAAAGGAAAAUUAUAGAGGCUGAUUCAUUCUGGUGCCUAUCUAAAUUUCUUGAUGGAAUCCAAGACAAUUAUGUCUUUGCACAAAUUGGUAUUCAGAAGAAAGUCCAUCAAUUAGAGGAAUUAAUUAACAGAGUAGACGAGAAUUUGCACAAACACUUGAAGCAGCACAAUAUUAGCUAUUUACAAUUUUCAUUCAGAUGGUUGAAUAAUCUUCUAACUAGAGAAUUACCAUUGAGGUGUACCAUAAGGCUAUGGGAUACAUAUUUAGCUGAAAACGACUGUUUCUCUACAUUUUAUUUAUAUGUCUGCGCUGCUUUUUUGUUAUACUGGAAAGAAGACUUAUUGCGAGAAAAAGAUUUUCAGGGAUUACUGUUAUUAUUACAAAAUCUUCCGACACAGUCUUGGACUAGUUCAGAAAUAAGUUUAUUAGUUGCUGAAGCGUACAAAUUAAAAGUUAUGUUCGCAGAUGCCCCCAAUCAUUUAAGUUGUCAUACUCGUAACGCCAGUGAGAGUUGAGUUUUUAACAGUUAUAAAUGUUAUCAUUCAUUUAUUUUUUUUUAUUUAAAGAUAGAUUUAUUCAUUAAGUGUAAAUAUAACUUCGGAUAUUUUUAUAUUGUAAAUUUAGCAUUGUUGAGAGAAAGAUGGUAAUGUAACGACAAAAUUUUAUUAAACUAUAUAAUGAAUGAAAA